UAAAUUAAUUUUAUCAUCUUUACGAUUAUCAUCAUUUACCGUUAUUCUUGUUUUUUAUUUAUUUUCUUAACAUUUCAUUUUGUUACAAUUAAAGUGAAACAUAAUUAACACCAAAUUGACAACAAUUAAUCAACUAUUUCACAUGUGAACCUUAAUUAUACACCCAUAGAAAUCAGUGAUUUUCAAUUAAUAAUAAUAAAAGUUAAAUGUCCAAUUAAUUAGUGAUUCUGGUGAUAGAAAAAGUUUCCGAUCAAUAAUCUCAACCAAUAACAACAACAAAUCAAGUUUACAAUUAAUUAGACAAUCAACUGAAGAUAAUUAUGGUUGAUCAUUUAGUUGGAAGUGAUAUAAAUGCCCGGAGAAUUGGACAUAUUGAGAAUUGUUUUGGAAUCUCUGGUGUACCAUUAUCGAUUCCAGGGCGUGUAUUAGUGGGCGAAGGUAUUCUAACGAAAAUAUGUCGAAAAAAACCAAAAGCUCGACAAUUUUUUCUAUUCAACGAUAUUCUUGUCUAUGGAGAUAUUAUCAUGAAGAAGAAAAAGUAUGUCGGUCAACAUAUAAUUCUAUUGGAAGAGGUUACAAUCGAUGAUAUACCCGAUAGAAUUGAUGAAAAUACUCCUGAUGAAACAGAGAAUGGUCGACUUAAACAUGGCUGGCAAAUUAAAACACCCAAUAAAUCAUUUACCGUUUAUGCGGCAAAUAAGACAGAGAAACAGGAAUGGAUAACGCACAUCGAUAAGUGUGUUAACGAUUUAUUAAAACGAACUGGUAAAAAGCCUACAAAUAUUCACGCGGCAGUUUGGGUACCCGAUACGGAGACUGAUGUUUGUAUGCACUGUCGAGUUAAUUAUUUUAGUUUCAUCAAUCGAAGGCAUCAUUGUCGAUAUUGUGGCCUUGUUAUUUGUGGAGAUUGUUCGAAAAAUAAAUUCCUAAUUCCUUCUCAAUCGAGUAAACCCGUUCGAGUUUGCGAUUCUUGUCACAACAUUUUAGCUAAACAGCGAUUGGGAUUAGCUUCAGUUAGAGAGACAAUGACGGGACAGAUUAAAGUUAGAGAACCGCUGCCACUUCCGCCGGAAAUUCAACCUGAGGACACAUCGUCAACACCGUCGGCAUCAGAAUCGCAUCUGGAUGAGGUGAGGAGUAAAGCGAUUAUUCAAAGAAAUACUCUUGUCCGAAUGGAUUCAUUUUCUUCCGACGAGGAAUCAGCUGAUGAACUUUCGGAAGAUCCAUUGACCAAACUUGAUGAUUACUUGGAAGAUGAAAAGCCAACCUUUUACAACGAUGGAGAUGAAAAAGAAAACAAAAGACUCGACAAUUCGUAAAUCAUUUGUAACCAAUAAUUAACUACAAUCUCUUAAUUAACAACAUAAGGGAUCAACUGAUUAA